AUGGAGGCGUCCCGUGGCCCUCCCAGGGUCAAGAAUAAGGCCGCAGCGCCCGUUCAGAUCUCUGCGGAGCAGCUCCUCCGCGAGGCCGUUGACCGACAAGAACCCGGCCUCGAGGCACCGACACAGCGCUUUGCCGAUCUGGAAGAACUACACGAAUACCAGGGCCGGAAGAGAAAGGACUUUGAAGACUAUGUCCGCCGCAACCGUAUUAACAUGAACAAUUGGAUGCGAUAUGCCGCCUGGGAAUUGGAACAGAAGGAAUUCCGUCGCGCACGAUCCAUCUUCGAGCGUGCGCUCGACGUCGACUCAACCUCAGUGGUACUGUGGAUUCGCUACAUUGAAGCUGAGAUGAAGACACGAAACAUCAAUCACGCCCGAAACCUCCUCGACCGUGCCGUCACAAUUUUGCCCCGCAUCGAUAAGCUCUGGUACAAAUAUGUCUACAUGGAGGAGACGCUGGGCAACAUCCCCGGUACUCGCCAGGUGUUCGAGCGAUGGAUGUCAUGGGAACCAGAAGAGGGCGCCUGGAGCGCAUACAUCAAGCUGGAAAAGCGAUACAGCGAAUUCGAACGAGCACGAGCUAUCUUCCAGCGUUUCACCAUUGUCCACCCCGAGCCCCGCAAUUGGAUCAAAUGGGCCCGAUUCGAGGAGGAGUUUGGAACAAGCGACCUCGUUCGAGAGGUCUAUGGAGCGGCGAUCGAAAUGCUGGGAGAGGAUUUCAUGGAUGAGAAGCUCUUUAUCGCAUACGCCAAGUUUGAGGCCAAGCUGAAGGAGUAUGAGCGUGCACGCGCAAUCUACAAAUAUGCUUUGGACCGGCUUCCGCGUUCCAAGUCUAUGGCCCUCCACAAGGCCUACACGACGUUCGAGAAGCAAUACGGUGAUCGUGAGGGCGUGGAAGAUGUGAUUUUGUCCAAGCGCAGAGUUCAGUACGAGGAACAACUCAAGGAGAACCCUCGCAAUUAUGAUACUUGGAUCGACUUUGCGCGACUAGAGGAGCUCUCAGGCGACACGGAAAGGGUGCGCGACAUUUACGAACGGGCCAUUGCACAGAUCCCUCCCUCACAAGAAAAGCGACACUGGCGCCGUUAUAUUUAUCUUUGGAUUUUCUACGCUGUGUAUGAAGAAUUGGAAAUGAAGGAGAUGGAGCGCGCUGCACAAAUUUAUCAGGAGUGUCUAAAAAUGAUCCCACACAAAAAGUUCACAUUCGCCAAGGUCUGGCUCAUGAAGGCGCGAUUCGAAAUCCGGCAAAUGGAGCUUCAAUCGGCGCGGAAGACACUGGGGCAGGCGAUUGGAAUGUGCCCGAAAGAAAAGCUCUUCCGCGGCUAUAUCGAACUCGAACAACAAUUGUGCGAGUUCGGGCGGUGUCGAACCUUGUUCGAGAAACAACUCGAAUGGAACUCCUCCAACAGUCAGACUUGGGUACAAUUUGCCAAAUUUGAGGAAAGUCUCCAGGAUGUGGAUCGAGCCAGAGCUAUAUACGAGCUCAGCAUCGAGCAACAGACUCUCGAUAUGCCCGAGACUUUAUGGACAGCUUUUAUCCAAUUCGAGGAAGAACAAGACAAUCCCGAGGGCGUUCGAUACCUGUACGAGCAGCUUCUCCAAAGGUCCGACAAUCCACGUCUGUGGUUCGACUAUGCCAAAUACGAGAUGACGGUUUUCCCGGCAGAAGUAGAGGAGGAGGAGGACGAGGACGAGGACGAGGAAGAAGAGGAGAUCACCGAAGAUGCGAAGAUCAAAGUGCGCGCGAUUUACGCUCGGGCAGAGAAGGCCUUCAAGGAAAAGGGGCAAGCAGGAAAUCGCUUCAAACUCCUCGAGGCAUGGCAAAAAUUCGAAUACAUGCACGGCUCUCCCCAGGAUAUCGAAAAAAUCAACAAACAGGUCGGCCGUCAAGUCACGAAGACCCGUGUGUUGGAGGACAACAGCUACGAGCAUUACGUGGACUAUACGUUCCCGGCGGACGAUCAAUCAGCCGCCAAUCUCACCAACCUGCUACAAAUGGCACAUCAAUGGAAGCAGACUCAAUCUUAG